UCUUGAGUGUGAGGAAGAGUAGAGAGAAAAGUACGUAUUUUGCAGAAACGCAAGAAAAACGGCCUGUACACUCGGUGAAACGUUUUCUUGCGCGUUUCCAAGUCAAAACCGAACCGCAUUUAUCGCGAAAAGAAACGAGGACAGUGACAUAGAGCACAGGCGGAAGCGAAGUACUACAACUAGAAAAUACGCUGGUGUCGUAAAGCAAUAGCGGCAACAAACGAUCGGCGGAAAACGUAGUGCAAAUAAACGAGCCCAGCGGGAUCCUUUGCGAGUGUUGACACAUCGUACACACAUUCCCACCGUCGAGCAGACCGUCGUAAAUAGCUUGCACUUGCUGCACCACAACUUUUAUUAGAUCGUACCUGUACUCGAGUUCUAUUGCGUACCUCUGCGUUUGUGUUUGUGUGAUUGUUGGUGUGAAAGUGCGUGUGUGUUUGUGUGAGCCUGCUUGUGUGUACUUGGCUAAUCAUCAUCUCGGCAGAGUCUGUGAUACGGAAGUGACGCAUACAGUAUGACGGAACAACAAAUGGAUUGCGCGCUGGAUCUGAUGCGGCGCCUUCCUCCUCAACAGAUCGAAAAGAAUUUGAUCGAUCUGAUCGACCUGGCGCCAGCCCUGUGCGAGGACCUGCUAACAUCCGUCGAUCAGCCGUUGAAAAUCGCAAAGGAUAAGGAAACGGGAAAGGAUUACUUGCUGUGCGAUUACAAUCGCGACGGUGACUCGUACCGCUCGCCUUGGUCCAACACCUACGACCCCCCGUUGGAGGAUGGUUCGAUGCCAUCGGAGCGGCUGCGCAAGCUGGAGGUCGAAGCCAACCUCGCCUUCGACCAGUACCGGGAGAUGUAUUACGAGGGAGGGGUAUCGUCGGCUUACCUGUGGGAUCUAGAUCACGGUUUCGCCGGUGUAAUUCUGAUCAAAAAGGCUGGCGAGGGCACCCAGAAAACGAAGGGUUGCUGGGACUCGAUUCAUGUGGUUGAGGUACAGGAAAAGAGUUCGGGUCGAACGGCUCACUACAAGCUAACAUCUACCGCCAUGCUGUGGCUCCAGACAAACAAACAGGGAUCCGGAACGAUCAACCUGGGAGGAAGCCUUACCAGACAGAUUGAGCAAGAUGCUCCUGUGAGCGAAUCCAGUCCGCAUAUUGCCAACAUCGGGCGAAUCGUCGAAGAUAUGGAGAAUAAGAUAAGAAAUACGCUGAACGAGAUUUACUUCGGCAAAACGAAGGACAUCGUCAAUGGGCUGCGGAGUAUUCAAUCGCUGGCCGAUACGAACCAACAGGCCACGCUGAAGAAAGAUUUGGCAGCUGCACUAUUGCGGCGAACUGGCAAAAGCGAGAACUGAGCUGUUAAAUCGUGUUAUUCUCCGCCCGCUACUCUACCAGCAGCACACCAUCACCAUCGGCCGACACCAUCAUCGCCUUCAUCGAAUCAUCGGCAUCGUAACAUUUUAUGUUUUUUCUUGCGCAUAUUAGUACUCCAUCGAAACACGAAAUCACAUCUUUUUUUAGGUAGCCAGAUAUAACAAGAAGUUAGUUCCGAGUAAUAACCAGCUAUAAGGAAUAACCGUGUACGUUACAGCGUUUGAUGCUUUCAUUACCAUGUUUGUUUGCAGCACAGCAGAACAUCGCCCCAUGAAACAGUAUUGUUGCUCACCAGCCUAGUUCAAUUCAUUGGUCGCACAAUAUUCGUCAAGUGCCCAGCUCAACUGACAGGAAUAAUUCAGAAUAUAAAAAGGGUUGGCUGCGUGCAUACAUACUACCACCGUCGGUAAUUGGAAAAGCUAAAGCUGGCAAAUAUCGAUUGAAACGGUCCGGCCGUGCAGCGAUUUAUCUUUUACCUUUCCCGGCGGAGCUCUGGCCUUUAUCCUUUAUGCGUUAUUCUGACCAAUCGCUUGCUUCGAUCCAUAUACUCCUUACGUUACAAAUGUAGAGAGGUACAACGCAUCGAUCAAUGGGUCCUUAUUGAAUGAAACUUGUUGUUAUAAUAUCUUUUUUUUUUUUCAUUUUUUUUUGUCUUCUAACAUUUUCUAACGUGUCGAUUCUUUUUUUUAUCGCCAAACCUAGCUCGCUUCCAAUGGUAUAUUUUUUAUAGUUUAGUUCGUGGUAGAUUGAAUUGUAACAGGCUACGGAAACAAUUUCUGCGGAUAACGGAUCCACUGCUUUGUUGGUCUUUUCGAAGAAAUGCCUUCUAAAAUUAGAGAAGACAAAUCAAACAAGAAAUGUUAACCGGCAAAGGAGCGGUCGACUGCUACUGCGGAAGAAAGUGGAGAAGAAAAUAAUUUUUAUAUUUAAACGAAACGUGCGGAAGCUGUAGUAGAGAAUCACUACGCGUCAAAACAAAUAUAAUUAAA